UUGCUAUAGUAACGUGUAAACUGUCGUUGCCUGGAAACCAAGCUAACAUUAGACAGGCAGUGUUAGCUGCGCCUUGCUAACUCAAAGUCUUGUUAAAGUAGGACAAUAAAACAGACACGGGAUGAAAUACGAAGUUUAAACGGGUCACAGUGGACCACUUUGUCUUCGUGUCACCGCUGCUCAUAUUGACUUGAGUUCAUGCGGGUUUACAGCAUUGUUUGCUGGUUUGGAGAAAGCUAACAAGCUAACCUAGCUUCAGUCUGCGUUAGCCACUUAAAGCUGCCAUGUCGGAGCAAAUUGAAGAUAAAGAGCAAGACGUGAAAGAAAAGGAGGAAGAGACCACGGAAAUAUAUCCACAAACAGGUGAAAGUACUGCUGAGCAGCCAGAGGACGACGGAGAGCCGGGAAGUGACGGAGAGGAGGUGCACGCUGACAGGACGACCACAGAUGUGCUGGAGGCAGAAGAAGCUGAACCAGAUCUCCACGAUGACGCUGAGCAGCUUAUAGAGCUUCAGAAACCAGAAACUGUUGGGAAGUUAACUGAUGUGUUGGAGACUGUGGAAGAAGCUGAAACUCAGGCUGAUCUGCCCGAUGAUGUUGAGCAGCUUAGGGAGCCUCAGAGAAAAGAAAAUGUUGGAAACUCUACAGCUACAGUGAAGGUGGUGCUGGUGCCAGAGGGUCAUGUGAUGACUGUGGCCUUUGCGAUCGGUCUCAGCAUACAGGAGCUGAAGUGUCACCUCGCCUCGGAGCUGAGAGUUCCUGCUGAUGUGCUGCAGAUCUCUCUGGAUGGCAGAGUGGUGGAAGAGCAGAAGAGCCUAAUGGAGCUCGGCGUCCGCCCCCAUGGCUCCACCCGGAUGGAGAUGAGCUCCACCGACCCGACCACCCACCCACUCCGCCCAGUUCGCCCCCCAGAGCACGACAACAUGCCGGACGUCAUCACAGUCCGAGUCCAAACAGAUGAGGGCGAGUUCCAGGAGGUGGUGGUGGAGAUUGAGCGUCCCCGCCAGCAGAAGGCCUUCCUGGGCGGCUACAGACACCGGUUGACAGGGGUGGAGUACCACCAUGCUGCCCUACAGACACUGCCCAAGAGGAGACCUGACAGAGGAGUGGUGGUCUUCAGCCGUGAGACACAGACAGUAAAGGUGAAGUCUCAGGCCCAGCAGUGUCCAGUCAACGUCUACACCCAGAUGACUGGGAUCGGCUGCUACGUCUCCUGUAUGAAUGACAAGCUGGUCGCCCCUAGCAACUACAUCACUGCUGACGAGUAUCAUGACAGGAGGCUGAAAGCUGUGAUCCGCCUGCAGUCGUUUGUCCGUCGCUGGUUGGCCCAGCAGGAGGUGAACCGGUUGAGAAGGGAACGGGAACGGCGGAUGGCCUGGCUAGAGCUGCAGGAGAGGAGGAGGAGGGAGGAGAAGGAGGAGCAGCUGAGAGACCGUCGCCAACGCAUGAUGAACCCGCGGAGGAGAGAGGACAUCAACCUGCUGUACCAAGCUCUAGAGAAGUGGAGGUGUGAGGAGGAGCAGCGCAUCAACUCUACCCUGCGUGGAGCUGAGAGGAAGGCAGCUCUUUGCUCUCUGUUGGAGCAGGAGACGCAGCAAAUCGCCACCAUCGGACGUCAUCAGAUUGCCAUCCAGAACGACAACUAUGACAAAACUGUCAGGAACUUCCUGGACAAGUGUGCGGCUCCUCAUCAGUGGCGAGCAGCCGAUGGUGGACUGAUUGAGAUGGACAGUCCACACACCAUCAGAGCUAGAGAGCUGCGAGACCUGUACAGCAACAUCAACCUGUUCACCGUCAGCCGGGAGGCGAGACGAGAUGCUCUCACGACGCUCAAACACACUGUCCAGGAGCAUGAGUGUCAGCUGACCCGUGACAUCGUGGAUUUGAUAGACAGGGAGGUGGACCUGAUGACUUGUGGGGUUAAGGCAGCCAAUCUAGAGGGGCUGAGAAAGAGGAUCUCCACUCUGUUCCUCCAGUACAUCAAAAUACCGGCGUUUAACCCUGAGGUGGCCAAGCUGCUCAAGGUUCCCCAGAAUCCCUCUCAGCUGAGGAAUACCAUGUUCCUCUGCCGGAGCUGUUAUCGCUAUCUACCCUCCGGUGACUUCAGCCCGUCCGCCAACACCCGUCUGAGCGGUCGGUGCCAUGAAUGCACUUCACUUGACAACAUAGCAAGAACCCGUAAUGACUACUCCUACUACAAAAACAUCCUAAAGAGGUUGAGAGCUGACGAGCAGCAGCUCAACAAGGAGGCCAAGAUUCCCUUCCUGCUGCAGGUGGAGGAUAUGCGGUACCUGGUGGAGGUGGUCUGGACAUCCCGCUCAGCACUCCAAGCCAGCAAGGACCUCUUUAACCUGGUGUUUGUCCGCUGGGAGCGUCAGAGAGACUGGAGUCCCUGGAACUGCAUCCUGCUAUCCAAAGAAGAGAUUUCAGCUCACGUGCAGGUGGAGGACGUCCACAAGGCGUACGAGGCGACGUUUAUCCGCAGGAUCGAGCACAAACACACACUGGCUCGACGCCACUUCAGCCAGAUCUCUGUCAUGGCCGAAUACCUGGACUCUCAGCCGUCCGCUUCCCUGGGCAACCAGCUUGUCUCUAAGCCCAUCACCAUGGCGACAGGCAAGCACGCCACCAACACCACACCGGCCUCAGCUCAUUAAGAAGCACCCUGUAGUUGUCUUUCUUGUCACUGUUUCAUAUCUAUCGAUAUCUUGCUUGUCACUUUCUUUCUGAACAUUUUGACUGCAAUCUAAAAUAAAGUUCAUGAGGUUUACUCCAGGUUUGAAUUCAUUUGG